UCUGCUGUAAGAAGGACCCAUGGGAUCUCCAGCACACUUGCUUUAUUAAGACACCCCUGCUUUAGAAGAGCAGAACAUCACAAAGGCAGGAGAUAUGGAGUGAGAGAGGUUUCUCACGUCUCUGCAUUGAGCUCAGAUUUUCCAUCUUUACUACUGUGUUUAGGUCAUUGUGUGUCAUAUUCAUGUGCUUUCUGGAAUUGUGGUUUUUGCAGACAUGCUGCUGUUCAGCUAAAUCAUCCCAAGACAGCAGUAAACGUGCAGGUAGGAUCUGCAUUCUAGACUUGUCCUCAGACUCACAGGAAUGGAUUAUCUGUUUAGAAAGAAAAGAUUGCUGAAAACUUGUUUAAGUGUCUCCUUAAUAUUUGCCACGCUGGUGACUAUACAUAAACUUAAAUUGGUAGAGGAAGGUGCUAAAGGUAUUCUAGCAACAAGUUCUAGGACUAACCAUGAAUGGCUGCAGCCACAGAAGACCAACAACAGGAAAAGCUUGGAAUGGAUCAGCCACAGCAAACCAGGAGACCAAAAUAAUGAGGUGACUGUUCCAAGUAUAAUUAAAAUGUCACCUGCAAGGUGGGACAUUAAUGAGAGCAGAUGUCCUGAAAACAGUGACUUGAGGAAACAGUCCUGGUUCAGACAUUUGGAUGCCAGAUUUCAUCAGUUUAUUUUGCACAGCCACUGUAGGUAUUUUCCUUUGCUGCUAAACCAUCCAGAGAAAUGUCAAGGAGAUAUUCACCUUCUCAUUGUUGUAAAGUCUAUCAUUGAGCAACACGACAGGAGAGAGGCAGUGAGGAAGACCUGGGGCAGGGAACAGGAGAUUGAUGGAAGAAAAAUCAAAACCUUGUUUCUUUUGGGAACAACAUCAACAGGAAAAGAUCAUAGGAAUUUACAGAAACUAAUUGAGCAGGAAAAUCAGAUCUAUGGAGACAUCCUACAAUGGGAUUUCAUGGACACAUUUUUUAAUCUGACUCUUAAAGAAGUGAAUUUCCUGAAAUGGUUUCACAUCUAUUGUUCAAAGGUUGAGUUUAUUUUUAAGGGUGAUGAUGAUAUUUUUGUUAACACUGAAAAUAUAUUGGAUUUUUUAAACUUUAAAAAAGAAGAUCCUCAGGUGUCAAGUUUAUUUGUGGGAGACAUUAUUUCAAGAGCAGUUCCUAUUAGAAAUAAGCAAAGCAAGUAUUAUAUUCCCAAAGAACUGUAUGAUAAACCGUAUCCUGUGUAUGCAGGUGGUGGAGGUUUUUUGAUGGCAUCUCAUCUUGCUAGAAAAUUGUUUUCAGCUUCUGAAAAGAUACAGUUAUUUCCUAUUGAUGAUGUGUUUUUGGGGAUGUGCUUGAAAACUGUAGGUGUACAGCCUAAAUUACAUCCAGGAUUUAGAACAUUUGGGAUAAGCAAAAGGAGAUCUAGUUCCAUGAAUAAGGACCCCUGUUUUUACAAAAGUUUGCUGGUGGUCCACAAACUAAGCUCUGAAGAAUUACUUACCAUGUGGAAAGUAGUUCAUGAUGAAAAAAUACACUGUGGUAAAACUGUUUAUAUUUAAGAACAUUUUCUUUUAAAACAUCAUAUAAAGAAUCUUUAAAGGGACACUGAACCCAAUUUUUUUCUUUUGUGAUUCAGAUAGAGCAUGCAAUUUUAAGCAACUUUCUAAUUUACUCCUAUUAUCAAAUGUUCUUCAUUCUCUUGGUAUUUUUAUUUAAAAAGCAAGAAUGUAAGUUUAGAUGCCGGCCCAUUUUUGAUGAAUAAUCUGGGUUGUUCUUGCUGAUUGGUGGAUAAGUACAUCAACCAAUAAACCAGUGCU